AUGGAUAAGAUAGAUAAUAUUGAUUAUGUUAAUGUUGAUAGUGAUGGUGAGGAGUUUUUUUGUAGUGAGCAAUUAGAUGAAGAAGAAAUUUUGCAUGAGAAUAGAGGUAGUAUGCAUGAAAGUAGUGAUAAUUUGCAUGAUAGUAGUGAUAAUAUUGUAGACGAAGAUGAGCCUAUUAGUAUCCCUUGCUUGAAUAAAAAAUUUGCUAAUUUACAAAGGGCGGAAAAUUUAUUUAGGGCGUAUGCUUUAAACCAUGGUUUUGCAAUUAAGAUACAAAACACGCAGAGGCGAGUCAAUGAUAAAUCCAUAUAUGGUCGAAUGUACGUCUGUAAUUUAGCGGGUAAAAAUCGUGGGAAAAACCCCGUUGAGGAAGAAGAAAUAUUGAUUGGUAGUGUUGGGAGUGUUAAGGGCAAACGGCGUAGAGAUGUGCUGCCUAGAAGUGGUUGCAAAGUUAGAAUGUACGUGGUUAAUAAGAAAAAAUCAACUCAUUGGGAGAUAACCUCUUUGGAAUUAGAACACAAUCACGAAGUCGUUACUCCUUCCAAGAUGAGUUUGAUAAGACGGGAGAGACAUGUGAGCGCGGCUCAAAGAAAUUUAAUCAAGACCUUACAUGCUUCGGGUGUCCCACCAAGACAACAAAUGAAUAUUUUUGGUCAAAUGCACGGGGGAGCGGAACAAGUAGGUUUUAAUAGCCAACAUUUAAGAAAUGUCGUGCGCGAUUUUAGAAAGGACAACAUGGGAGUAAACGAUGCUCAAGCCGGUUUGGAUUUGUUGUAUCGUUUGAAAGAAGAGAGUGGCGGUAAGUUUUUUAUCAAGACUCUCCUUGAUGACGAACAAAGAUUGAAGUGUCUUGUAUGGGUCGAUCCCCGCUCUAUGAUGGCCUAUCGAAAUUUUGGUGAUGUGGUUGCGUUUGACACAACAUAUCGAACUAAUAGAUAUGCUAUGUCGUUUGUGCCUUUCACCGGAGUCAACCAUCACUAUCAAUCAAUAGUUUUUGGUUUUGCACUCGUGCGGGAUGAAUUGAAGACAACUUUUGAGUGGGUUUUGAGUACUUGGCUAGAGGCGAUGGAAGGCAAAGAACCCCUAGCUAUCAUAACUGAUCAAGAUCAAGCCAUGGCCGCGGCUAUUGAAUCACAACUACCGAAUACCUCACAUUUGUUAUGCUCAUGGCACAUUAGCAACAAAUUCCCCGAGAAACUUGCAACAUAUUACUCAAAGGAAGGGUUUAAAUUUGAUUUCAACAAUUGCAUCUAUCACUCUUUGACUGAAGUUGUGUUUGAGGAUCGGUGGAAGGCUUUGAUUUUGAAAUACAAUUUGGAAGGCAAUACAUGGCUUCAAGGGUUAUAUGCUUUGAAGCAUAAGUGGGUGGAGGCUUACACAAGAAACACUUUUUCUGCGGGUCAGAAAACCACAUCAAGAAGUGAAGGAAUGAAUGCCUAUUUUGAUGCCUAUGUUGGUUCUUGCACCGGUUUGAAGGAUUUUGUUGAGGGUGCACAAAAAGCUUUGGAGAGGCAAUUUAUGCGUGAGAAAGAUGAGGAUUACAAUACGUAUCAUAGAAGUCGUUGCAUGCAAAUGAAAACCGCCUUGGAGCACCACGCGGCUUCCAUUUAUACCAAAGAAAUGUUUCGAAGAUUUCAAGAACAAUUGGUUGAAGCAAAUAAGUACUUCGUGGAGAAAGAUAGAGAUCGGUCUUUGGAAGAUGUUGAAGACACAUUCUACAAAUGUUAUAGACCGUUGACGGGUGCAUCUCAGAGAUAA